GGCUCAGUCGCGCUUUAGAGCGCGGAGGGAGAAGAAGGGAGGGAAGGGGAUAGGCGGCCGGACGUGGUCGCGAGGGCGCGCGCGCGCGCGGGUGGGGCGGAGUUGGGGGACGCGGCUGAGUCUGCCGCCACCUCCCCGACUCGCGGUCCGCGGGGCGGCGAGGGAGACCCAGUCCCUGAACCCGCGGCGAGCUCGGUAGGCCUCGGUGGAAACCGGAGCGUGUGGGGGAGGGGCCGCGGCUGCUUCCUGGCUGAGGCGGAGGCGGCGCCGCGUCUGCGUCACGUGACACCCCAAAAGGCGGAGAGAGGCGGAAAAAAAAAAGUGUGCAAAGAUGCACGGGGGAGCGCCGUCCGGGGACAGCGCGUGCCCGCUGCGCACCAUCAAGCGCGUGCAAUUCGGCAUCCUGAGCCCGGAUGAGAUGGUGGGUUCGCGCGCCGCUCUCUUUUUAUAUCUUUUUCUUUAUGAUUUAAAGAAGGUGUGGUGGUGGUGCGAAAAAUAAGAGUGGCGGGUGGGCGGUGGGGUCUUUCGAAGAACUUUCUCCAGGCUUUUUAUCGCAUUGGGAUUUUGGAAGGGCAAUGCUGAAAUAAAGAAGGAAAAAAAGGCGGGUGUGCUUGGCUUUCCUGUGGGAGAAAGGGAGAUCGAUUGCACCUUCCUGGGGGGGCACAGUGUUCUCUCCCCCUACCCCCCCAAAAAAUGUUGGUUUGCAAGAAGACAGCCAGAAGCGUGCUCGCUCCUGCAAGACAAAUUUCCCCACCAGUUUGCAGAUGUUAAAAGUGCCACAAAACUCUGUUCCUUGGACCCCCCCCCCCCCGGGGUACCUAAGUGGAUUUCCUUAUCGUUUUUUUCUUAAUAAUUGACUAAUUUUGCUGCUGGGACUCGUAUUAUUAAUUUGAUUUUUAUGCCGCCUUUUAGCAAAAGAUACCAAUUUGUUUUCAAAGGAGUGGCAGCACAGUCCAUGUUGGCAUCUUUAUGCUGAAGACUGUUACAGGCAUGCACACAUUUGCUCCACUGACUCCAAAACUGCAUUUUGAAAGAACUUUGCAGUUUUUAUUUGUUUCCAUAUAAAACACACAGCAAGUAAGUUUCGGUUGAGCUGGCCUUAGCCUCACUCUCCUUAAAACUUGCUCACAGAUCCUGCGUUUUAAGUAGCAUUUGUUGCUUGUCUCCCAUUAAAAUCCCAGAAAGCUCCUUCUGUGUGGGGAGAGAAAAUCGAUGAAAUGGGUUUUGCUGUACGUAGUAGAGCUUCGCUGCCGUCUUUCAUUUUUGCCUGUAAUCUUGUUGAUGUGGAGAGCUAGGGCGGGCUGUAAAGUUUGUGAAGCUGUUUUAUCCCCGCAGUAAAUUCUCUCCUGAAUGGAAGGUAUCCUCCUGAUAGUCUUCACUCACUUAAAAACGCUUUGUUUUCCUAGUAAUGGUUUUUAGAGGACCAUUAGGGACGUGACAUAAUAAUAAUAAAACGCCCUUUGCGCUUCUGUUCCUUGUAUCUCCCAACCUAGAUAUCAUUUCUUUUCUUCUUCUUCUAGGGCUUCUGUUGCUGUUUGGGUCCCCAUUCUUGACGUCUGCCUUCCCCACACCCUGAAGACUUGGCUGAUACUGAUUCUGCUUUCUUUUUUUCCUUCUAGAAACGGAUGUCGGUGACGGAAGGGGGGAUCAAAUACCCUGAGACAACAGAAGGGGGUCGCCCCAAGCUGGGUGGCCUGAUGGACCCUCGACAGGGUGUCAUUGAAAGGACAGGACGGUGCCAGACCUGUGCAGGUGAGUUCUUAGGGCAGUGCGCGCCAGGCGCUUUGUACUACAACUCCCGGCAGCCCCAGCCCCACAGUACCAGGCUGGGGGAGACUAUGCUGGGGCCUCACUAGGAAAACUGGUUCUUGGGAAGGGGAUGAGGGGGCCAGUCUCAGAAUCCGGGAGUCGGAGGGGCUCAUGAUUUCCCCGUCCUUCUGUUCUCCGGCAGGCAACAUGACAGAAUGCCCCGGCCAUUUCGGACACAUUGAGCUGGCCAAGCCUGUCUUCCACGUCGGCUUCUUGGGCAAGACGAUGAAGGUUCUCCGUUGCGUCUGCUUUUUCUGCUCCAAGCUGCUGGUUGACUCUGUGAGUAAUGGCUGGAGCUACUGGACAUUCUUAGAAACAAGCUCAGAUCAGUGAAUAGCCGAAAACAGCAUGGCUUUUCACUAAGUCCCCCCGUGAUAUUCUCAAAAAGAAGCUGGUGAAACGUGGGCUGGACGAAGGAACUGUUAUGUGGAUUUGUAGUUGGUUGGCUGACCGAACCCAAAGUGUACUCAUUUAUGGUUCCUGGUCAUCGGGGGGGGGGGGAGUGACAAGUGUGGUGUUGCAGGGUUCUGUCCUGGGCCCAUUGUUGUUCAACAUCAAUAUAAAUUAUGAAGGAAUUGAGGGGAUGCUCAAUUCCAAUGUUUCCAAUUGAAAUUCAUUUUGUUACUUUGGGCGCAGUUCUCCAAUCUGUCAAAAGGUCAUUUUGAAUCCUGAUUCUGCCUUCUGCGACAUUAGCUACUACAGUGGUACCUCGGGUUACAUACGCUUCAGGUUACAUACGUUUCAGGUUACAGACUCCCCUAACCCAGAAAUAGUACCUCGGGUUAAGAACUUUGCUUCAGGAUGAGAACAGAAAUCGUGCUCCAGCGGCAGCAGAAGGCCCCAUUAGCUAAAGUGGUGCUUCAGUUUAAGAACAGUUUCAGGUUAAGAACAGACCUACGGAACAAAUUAAGUACUUAACCCGAGGUACCACUGUAAUAGUCCCACUCUAUUCUGCCUUGGUCAGACCACACUGGGAAUGCUUUGUCCAGUUUUCCUGGCUGUGCUGCCCUGUGGCUUUUCAAAGAAACGAAAUAAUCUAAUUUUCUGUCCACAAUUUCCUGUCUUGUUGGCUCUUGGUUACUUGCCACAGGUGACCAGGUGAGUGCAUGCUGACAAGCCUUAGGGUUGACCAAUAUAUUUUCAUUCUAACUCUACAUUCUGCUCUUAGUGAAGCCUUGUGUGGCUUCUUUGUGGGCAAUCAUCCAUUUUUGUUUUUAAUCUCACCUUUCAGUAUAUAAUUCUUAAGCUGCCCCACAGCGCCAACCUACAACUCAAAAAACAGUUCCAUCAGCUACAGAAAUCUUAAGGGUUACUUGAAAUAAUCAGUGUUAGUAGCCACUGAGAACCAGAAAUAGGGGAAAUAAAAACAUGUUUUACCUAGUUCUGAAAAAUGAGCCAUUAUGGCACAAGGUGAAUAGGUGCCACUCCCAAGAAGGCCCUGUUUGUGUCAGCCCUCCCCUUCCCUUUGUUCAGCUUGAGUUCAAAGGUCUUCUGUUUCCCCCUAUUCUGACUCCAAACACUUUGGGUGUACGAACCUCCCACAUUGAACCGCUCAGGAAGGCAGAAUAAUAUGGAUUCAUCCUAAGAGAACAGAAUACUGGUAUCUGUGGAGUGUUCUUGUCAUUGCAGCAAGAAAGGCCCGUUGCAUCCCUUCCCAGCCUGCCCAUGACCCCUCUGAUGUGAGGCCUACUUCCCAAGAGCUAUGGCGAAUAUUGGGAUAUUCUCACAUUUGCUGGUAGUCGUGGAUAAGGGGAGUUAUAAUCCCGUUUACAAUUGCACUAGGUGUAAAAUGGCUUUUUCUAUUACCCCGUAGUAUUGAGGAUGUUGGGGUGGGGCGGUCAUUCAAAAGAACCCAAAAUCUGGCACGGUUGAUCACACCCUUGAUUAUUUGGGGGGAACGCCCCAUUCUUCUUUUUGCCGCAGAACAACCCGAAGAUCAAAGACAUCCUGGCUAAAUCCAAAGGGCAACCGAAGAAGCGUUUGACCCACGUCUACGACCUUUGCAAAGGCAAGAACAUCUGCGAAGGCGGGGAGGAGAUGGACAACAAGUUUGGAGUUGAGCAGACCGAAGGCGACGAGGACAUCACGAAGGAAAAGGUCAGGACCGCAAAUCGGCUGCGCAAGCCCACUGGGGUUAUAAUAAUAAUAAUAAUAAUUUAUUAUUUAUACCCCGCCCAUCUGGCUGGGCUUCCCCAGCCACUCUGGGCGGCUUCCAAAGAAAUAUUAAAAUACUGUAAUACAUCAAACAUUAAAAGAUUCCCUAAACAGGGCUGCCUUCUUUUUUUUUUUUAUAAAUUUUAUUAACCGGCCAAUCAAAUCAAAUCAAAUCACAUCACAUAAAUUCCGAAUUACAAAGCCGAAUUUUAAAUUUUGUUGAGGGGACCCAUAUUUCAAGAUCCGAAGGGGGAUUCUGAUCAUCAUCUUGCUACUGCGUUAAUGUCCAAAUCAGUCCAAACAAAGUUCAUAAUUCUAUCCAGUCUUAUCUUGCUGUUUCCACAUCACAUCUUGUUCAUAUAUUUUCUCUUUUUUCUUUAUGAUCUCUUCUGAUAGUCUCCUUAAGCCGAUAAACACCAAUAAUAAUCCUGUGUGAAUUUUUCCGUUCUUCCAAUCCUCAAAUCGAGAUGGUUUCCAUAUAUCAUCGCCUUCAUAGAUAACAUCGCUCUUUCCAUCUUUAAUUACAGAACUGUCGUUCUUAAGUCCCUCUGAGGAGUUUCACCCACAAUAUAAAAACAGCUCUAUUUCUCCUCCCAGACUUAAGUCCUCCGACAGAACUUCCCAAUAUGGCGACGGCACUUUUAACUGCGUCAUUCCAAAGCCCUUAUACAUUCCACGCUCUUCUCAAAACAUGCUUUGGUUCGAAAGUUUAUCUCCACACAGCCUUAAAUCCACAGCUUAAGUCCUUAAAACGACAUUUCUGACUUGUGAGGGGGGGGAUUCUUGUUUAAUCACAUAAAGGAAAGAAAGGAAAGUUUUUUCCCCCUCCCCCAUCAGUCCCUUUGCCAUACCGAGUCUUGGCGUAUCUUCUCAUGAUUUAUACUUGUUCCUCUGACUCGAUUUGUUUUAUCAGAGAUCUCUUCUGUUAGCAGUCUUUACUCCUCCUCCUCCCUUGAAAUAUGUGCAUUCGCUUCAUCCAAAUUGUUUCUUUUGAAGUUCUUGCAGCUAGUGGCGCGGAUCAGAGACGGCGUCCAGGAGCGCCGAAAUCCCACCGGAGGGCAUUGUGCCUAGUGCCCCCAUCCCCACAAAUUCGGGGGUGGUAUAGGGCACAGCAGGCAAGGGCAGUCCCCCCCCCACAAUCCUGGGGGGGUAGGGAGGCUAUUUAUUCCCAUCACAGCCUCCAAAUUACCUCGUGUGGGUUGGAGAGAUGUUAUUGUCAGCCAUCUUCUGGUGCGCCCCUAGUGGCCCCCCCAACAGGGCUGCCUUCAGAUGUCUUCUAAAAGUCUGGUAGUUGUUGUUCUCUUUGACAUUUGGUGGGAGGGCGUUCCACAGGGCGGGCGCCACUACCGAGAAGGCCCUCUGCCUAGUUCCCUGUAACCUGACUUCUCACAGUGAGGGAACCGCCAGAAGGCCCUCGGUGCUGGACCUCAGUGUCCGGGCUGAAGAUGGGGGUGGAGACGCUCCUCCAGGUAUACUGGACCGAGGCCGUUUAGGGCCUUAAAGGUCAGCACCAACACUUUGGUUGGUUGAGCUUGUAAGAUGUUGCGUGUUAUCUUAACACUCGCUUUUCUUCUCUGCCUUCUGGACCAUUGUGGACGCUCUCCCAGAUCAUAGAAUCCCAGAAUUGUAGAGUUGGAACGGACCACCUCCGACGGUUCCUUAAGAGUUUCAAAUGUGCCACUAGGGCAGUGGGUCUCCUGCUGUUGUUGCACUACAGCUCCCAGCACCCCUGACCACUAGUCCUGCUAGCCAGGGAUGACGGGAGCUCUGGUCCGACAACAGCAGGAGACCCAGUUUUGAGAAAUACUGCCCUAGGCUUACGGCAGUUGCAGGGGACCCCUGAUUGACCUGACAGCCUUGCCUCGUUGCUGCCUCUUUAUCCAGGGUCACGGCGGCUGCGGGCGCUACCAGCCGAGGAUCCGGCGCUCGGGCCUGGAGCUCUACGCCGAGUGGAAGCAUGUGAACGAGGACUCUCAGGAGAAGAAGAUCCUGCUGAGCCCGGAGCGGGUGCACGAGAUCUUCAAGCGCAUCUCGGACGAGGAGUGCUUCAUCUUGGGCAUGGACCCCAAGUUCGCCAGGCCUGAGUGGAUGAUCUGCACGGUGCUCCCGGUCCCGCCGUUGUCUGUCCGCCCCGCUGUCGUCAUGCAGGGCUCUGCCAGGAAUCAGGUAUGGGCCAAGGGUGGACUUAGGGGGGGCGGGGGCGGAGAGCAAGCCUCGUUCCAACUCAAAAGUCACGCCGCCAGAAAUGCAGCGUUUCCCAAACUUUGGGUCCUCAGCUCUUGCUCCCAUCAUCCCUGAUGACUGGUCCCGCUAGCUAGACUUAAGGGUACUUGUAGUCCAGGAAUAGCUGGGGACCUAAGUUUGGGGAAAACUGCAGUAAUUCUUCUGAAUGCUGCUUGCUGGAAACCACAGCGGGAGAGGGUUCCUGUGCUCAAAUCCUGCAUGCAGGUCUUCCACAGGCAUCUGGUUGGCAAUUGUAAGAACAGGAUGCUGGACUAGAUAGGCCAUUGGCCUGAUCCUGCAGGGUUCUGUUUUCAUAUGUUAUAUGAAGCCAUUCAAAUGACAAUUAGCCUGUGGUUCGCAACAAGAACAUUCCAAAGGGCCAACUUCCUUCUGCUUUCGUCUUUGCCAAUUAUUAGUUACUUUUUUUUUAACAAAGUAGCUCUUAAGCAAUGUGAAAUGUUAAGCAAACAAGAACAGCCAGAUUUAUUAAAACGGGGGGAAAGAAAAUAAAAAGGCAAUUCUAUUGUUUAAAAAGCUGGAUUAAAACAUCCAGCUCACUUAUAAGAGACCGCAUAUGAAAACCAAAGGCUUAGCACAAAGAAAUAUUUUUGCCGGGCACCUGCAGAUACGUAAUGAUCAUGCCAGGUGAGCCUCCCUGGGGAGGGUGCUCAAUAAGCAGGGAGCCACCACUGAAAAGGCCUGCUGUUGUGUGGCCACCCUCCAGACUUCCUGUGGAGGGAGCACGCGAAGAAGUGCCUCCGGUGAGGAUUGCGGGGUCCAGGCAGGCUGAUUUUGUCUGCCCUGACGGGCUGUUUCCUUCCUCUCCCCACUCAGGACGACUUGACUCACAAGCUGGCUGACAUUGUGAAGAUCAACAACCAGCUGCGGAGGAACGAGCAGAACGGAGCAGCCGCCCACGUCAUCGCCGAAGACGUCAAGCUGCUGCAGUUCCACGUGGCCACCAUGGUGGACAACGAGCUGCCUGGGCUGCCCCGCGUAAGUGCUUAGGGGGCCUCUGCCUGCCCCUAGCAGGGUAGAAAUCUGCAGCUGCCCCUCUUUCACAGAGGAGUCAGUGAGCCGUAGGUGGCUGCGACACUUCCCUCCACAGGCAAACCCAUCUUGGUGAGUGCAGGCAGUUAAGCUUCUUUUGGCGGAGGCCUCCCCAGGUCUGCUGGUCUGGAGCAAUAUUUACGUUCAUUCUGAUUACAGGAGACUUUCUGCCCCCCCCCUUCUGCGGUUUGGACAGAAAUGGGGAGUGGGAACCCAAAAGUUGUCUCAGUUUGGUGGUUGUUAUUGAUUCACAUUUCAUUAGAAGCAAAUAGGCUCCGUUAGAGCAGUCUUCACCUGAUUGGCUGCCCUCCUAGUGCUCCGGACUACAACUCCCAUCAGCCCCUGCCGACGGCACAGUUGUGCUGAGUGUGGCUGUUGGGAGUUGUUGUCCAAAGCAGCUGGAGGGCAGCCCGGUUGAUGGUGGUUGACGUGGAAUAUAUGUAGCGCAUAAGCCAGGGAUAGCCCACGUGGACUACAGUUCCCAUCAGCCCCUGUCGGCAUGGAGUUGUAGCUCAGCAGCGCUGUAACUCUCCAAAAGUUUGUCUUCACCCCUAAAGGCAUAACUCUUCCAUUGUCUCCUGAGACACAAAAACACAUUGAAUGGACUAGGAGAGAUAUUGAUACACAGAGAAACGUAAAAUCAUGUUUCUAUUGGACAGGAUAGCAGAAUUUCACUCGGCUCUUAAUCCAUCGGAUUGUCCUGCCUUGAAUUAGAUUAGAAAGUUGACCUAUUUCCCUUACCUAGAAGUCUUAAGAGCGGUUCCCAGUCAGUGGGAGGACCAGUGUCCAGAAUAGGACGCUCCUCCUUGCUCCACAGGCAAAAGCAAGCCAUUCUUUGCACUUUCAUGUUCCACACCAGCUUUUGCAAGAGAGUAAUGCUUUGCUUCCUCCAACCUCUUGAUUUCCAGGCCAUGCAGAAAUCGGGGAGGCCUCUGAAGUCCCUGAAGCAGAGGCUGAAGGGGAAAGAGGGGCGCGUGCGAGGGAACCUGAUGGGCAAGCGAGUGGACUUUUCGGCCCGGACGGUCAUCACCCCGGACCCCAACCUCUCCAUCGACCAGGUGGGCGUGCCUCGCUCCAUCGCGGCCAACAUGACCUUCGCCGAGAUAGUGACGCCCUUCAACAUUGACAGGUGAGCCCCCUUUCCCCAUCCCACCCCGCGUCUGGUGUGCUCAGGUGCCUCGCGCCCCGAAUGCCGGCUAACCCCUCUCCGCCUCCGCUAGGCUGCAGGAGCUGGUGCGCAGAGGGAACAGCCAGUACCCCGGAGCCAAAUACAUUAUUCGGGACAACGGCGACCGGAUUGACCUCCGCUUCCACCCAAAGCCCAGCGACCUCCACCUGCAGAUAGGGUACAAGGUCAGUUCCGCUGGGGGCGGGACAGGGCACAAAGUUGGGUAGGAGAAUCACAGCCCCUUUCCACCCCGGAGUAAGCUCACAGUGGUGCUGGACCAAAGAAGGAUUUGGGGAGCCCUCUUGCUUGUUCCGGGACGCAGGUGGCGCUGUGGGUUAAACCACAGAGCCUAGGACUUGCCGAUCAGAAGGUCGGCGGUUCGAAUCCCUGCAACGGGGUGAGCUCCCGUUGCUCGGUCCCUGCUCCUGCCAACCUAGCAGUUCGGAAGCACAUCAAAGUGCAAGUAGAUCAAUAGGUACCGCUCCGGCGGGAAGGUAAACGGCGUUUCCGUGUGCUGCUCUGGUUUCGCCAGAAGCGGCUUAGUCCUGCUGGCCACAUGACCCGGAAGCUGUACGCCGGCUCCCUCGGCCAGUAAAGCGAGAUGAGCGUCGCAACCCCAGAGUCGGCCACGACUGGACCUAACAGUCAGGGGUCCCUUUACCUUACCUGUGCCUUGCUUGUUCCGCCAGCAGAACCCUACAAUUCUUUGAUUCAUCUGCUAGCAUUAAAAGAAAGGCCUUGUGUGAGCUUCAGGUCUUGUAGCCCCUUCCAUUCCAAUAGACUCCAGUGGCCUUUUUUGUAAGUGACCACACCAAGCAUUCCUUUAAAGUUGGACAAAUUCCAGCAAAUGGGACAGUUGGGAAGUGCCAGAGGGGGAGAGAGAGACCAAAGGUUUUGGGGACGUAUCGCUCUUUGCAAACCUUCCCACGUGGGGCAGGCCGGGUAAGAUAAUGCUGCCCCCCAGGGAGGCUCAUCUGGUGACUUAAUUAACAUUAAGCGCCUGGCAAAAACAUCCCUUUUCAACCAGACCUUUGGCUGAUUAACAUCCGAUGCCCUUUUAAAUGGGAGGGGGGUUAUUGGUUUUUGUUACCUUUUUCAUUAUGAACGUUGUGUUUUUUAUAAUAUUAUUUUAUUAGUUUAUUUUAUUUUAUUUUAUUUUUGUACCCCACCCAUCUGGCUGGGUCUCCCCAGCCAAUCUGGGCAGCUUCCAACAAAAAUUAAAAAUACAUUAAAAUGUCACACAUUAAAAACUUCCCUGAACAGGGCUGCCUUCAGAUGUCUUCUAAAUGUCAGGUAGUUGUUUAUCUCUUUCACAUCUGAUAUUGUAUUUUUAUGUUUUGCAAACCACCCUGCGGUCCACGCAUAGUAGCCAACUCCCAGGAGCUGACAUUCCUUCGGCCCCUCCCCCAAUAAAAUAUUUGAGGGGGCCAGGCCCCCCCAAAAAAGAUGAUAGGCAUUGUCAUUCAAAUGGUGCUGUGAUCAGUUAUGCAGGGUGGGGCUUACCUGGGCCCUCCCAAUAUUUUAUUCAGGUUUGCACCCCGGGGUCUACAUAUCAAAGGCGGAAUGCAAAUUGUUGUUGUUGUUUUAUUAAUAGGCAUUGGUUGGAUACUGUGAGAACAGACUGCUCAGCUUGGGUGGCCCUUGACCUGCUCCAGAAUCCAGGCUUUGAUUAACAUUAUUACGUAGUAAGCUAGAAAUCACUGCAGCAAGCAGAGCGGGCAUUCGGGUGUCUCGCACUCGGGACUCUGCACAGGCCACCCCUGUCACUGACCUUCCCUCUCAUGCUUCUUGGGUCUUUUUGCCUUGCUGGGCUGGUGCCCUUGAGCUCUGAUAAUGCCUCUUUCUUUCCUGGAGAGAGGAUAAAGAGGGAUCAGUGAGUGAGCAUAGAAACUAGCAUAGCCUAAAAAGGUAAAUACUUAAAUUUGUUGCUUUGCCAGCUUUUCUCUGGCCCUGCCUGCCCCUGGCAUGUGGCCCCUGGGAGUUUCCCCAGAAAGGAAUAUGGCCCUUGGUCUGAAAAAAUAUUUCCCCUUCGCUCCAUUUUAUAAUAAUAAUAAUAAUAAUAAUAAUAAUAAUUUUUAUUUAUACCCCACCCUCCCCAGCCAAGGCCGGGCUCAGAGCGGCUUACAAGCAAUAAUAAAAACAAGUUGAAUGACUACAACUUAAAAACAAAAUUAAAAUACAACGUUAAAAUAUUGAAACAUUAAAAUGUAGCCUCCUCGCAGGAGGAGAAGGAAAAGAAAAAAAAAAGGGAAUCAAAUUGGCUCCAAGCCAAAGGCCAGGCGGAACAACUCUGUCUUACAGGCCCUGUGGAAAGAAAUCAGAUCCUGCAGGGCCCUGGUCUCAUGAGGCAGAGCGUUCCACCAGGCCGGGGCCAGUGUUGAAAAGGCCCUGCUUCUGGUUGAAGCUAAUCUGACUUCCUUAGGGCCCGGGACCACUAGGGUGUUGCUAUUUAAUAAAUAUGCAGGCUUCUUGAAGUUGGGUUGUGUCCUAUUUCCCUGGUGCUUCCUCGUGCGAUACCAACGUGCAUCUGUGCAAAUGACAAAAGUUUUCAGAGUUCGCGCUGAUGCGGAUUCAAUACUUGAAUAAGUUUGUCUGCGGAAGAUUCCAUGUGCACUUUGCAGUCUUCCUCCCCCCUGGCUCCCUCCAAUCUUCCUGCCCAUCCUUCGAGGCGGCAAACCAGCAGGUCUCCUGCUUGAUCUCCCCUUCCAGGUAGAACGGCACAUGUGCGACGGCGACAUCGUCAUUUUCAAUCGGCAGCCGACGCUGCACAAGAUGUCCAUGAUGGGGCACAGGGUCCGCAUCCUGCCGUGGUCCACCUUUCGCCUCAAUCUCAGGUGGGGGAGAAGGCGCGGUUCUCUGUGCGUGUGUCACUGAGUGCGUGGAUAAGGGGCAGGCUUGAAAAAAGGGGGGAAAGGUUCAACUUGCUUUAUGGAAAGGGAUGAUGAUGAAGAUGAUAAUAAUAAUAAUGUAUUUUUUUUUGGAAAGCGAUAAUAAUAAUAAUAAUAAUUUAUUAUUUAUAUCCCGCCCAUCUGGCUGGGUCCCCCCAGCCACUCUGGGCGGCUUCCAACAAAACACUAAAAUACAAUAACCUAUUAAACUUUAAAAGCUUCCCUAAACAGGGCUGCCUUCAGAUGUCUUCUAAAAGUUUGGUAGUUGUUGUUCUCUUUGACAUCUGCUGGGAGGGCGUUCCACAGGGCGGGCGCCACUACCGAGAAGGCCCUCUGCCUGGUUCCCUGUAACUUGGCUUCUCGCAGGGAGGGAACCGCCAGAAGGCCCUUGGCGUUGGACCUCAGUGUCCAGGCAGAAUGAUGGGGGUGGAGACGCUCCUUCAGGUAUACUAGACCGAGGCUGUUUAGGGCUUUCAAGGUCAGCACCAACACUUUGAAUUGUGUUUGGAAACGUACUGGGAGCCAGUGUAGGUCUUUAUGUGGUCUCGGCGGCCGCUCCCGGUCACCAGUCUAGCUGCCGCAUUCUGGAUUAAUUGUAGUUUCCGGGUCACAAGGUAGCCCCACAUAGAGCGCAUUGCAGUAGUCCAAGCAGGAGAUAACCAGAGCAUGCACCACUCUGGUGAGGCAGUCUGCGGGCAGGGAGGGUCUCAUCCUGCGUACCAGAUGGAGCCGAUAGACAGCUGCCCUGGACACAGAAUUGACCUGCGCCUCCAUGGACAGCUGUGAGUCCAGAAUGACUCCCAGGCUGCACACCUGGUCCUUCAGGGGCACAGUUGCCCCAUUCAGGACCAGGGAGUCCCCCACACCUGCCCACCCCCUGUCCCCCCAAAACAGUACUUCCGUCUUGUCAGGAUUCAACCUCAAUUCCAAGCAUCGCUGUCAACUUUCCCCUUUCCUUGCGAGGAAUCCUAUUCGGAACAAGGGAAUUUCCCUUAAAAAAGGGAAAACGUUGAUAGCUAUGAUUCCAAGACCGCCUGACCCAGCUGCUCCCCAUCCCUGGUUUUCCCUCUCUGCAAACUCAGGCAGGUAUUUGUACAGUUUCCUUCCUGGCACUCGGCCUGAGCGCUGCCCUCCGUUGUUCUCAAUCUCCCUCUCUCUCUUCCUCUCCACCAGUGUGACCACCCCGUACAAUGCCGACUUUGACGGCGACGAGAUGAACCUGCACCUCCCCCAGUCCCUGGAGACGCGGGCCGAGAUCCAAGAGCUGGCCAUGGUGCCCCGUAUGAUUGUCACGCCUCAGUCCAACAGGCCCGUCAUGGGCAUCGUGCAGGACACCCUGACGGCCGUCCGCAAGUUCACCAAGAGAGACGUCUUCCUAGAGAGGGUGAGGGCAGGUUCUGCAAAGACAGCCUUACUUGUUGUUGUUGAGUUGUUUAGUCGUGUCCGCCUCUUUGUGACCCCCUGGUCCAGAGCAAGCCAGGCACUCCGGUCUUCCACUGCCUCCCGCAGUUUGGUCAAACUCAUGCUGGUAGCUUUGAGAACACUGUCCCACCAUCUCGUCCUCCGUCGUCCCCUUCUCCUUGUGCCCUCCAUCUUUCCCAACAUCAGGGUCUUUUCCAGGGAGUCUUCUCUUCUCAUGAGGUGGCCAAAGUACUGGAGCCCCAGCUUCAGGAUCUGUCCUUCCAGUGAGCACUCAGGGCUGAUUUCCUUCAGAAUGGAGAGGUUUGAUCUUCUCGCAGUCCAUGGGACUCUCAAGAGUCUCCUCCAGCACCAGAAUUCAAAAGCAUCCAUUCUUCGGCCAUCAGCCUUCUUGAUGGUCCAGCUCUCACUUCCAUACAUCACUACUGGGAAAACCAGAGCUUUAACUAUACGGACCUUACUUGCACAUGGCUUCAGAGCCAAUCCAGCAGCAGACCACCUUCUCCUCCUGUGGUUUCCAGCAACAGGCCUUCAGAAGCAUCGCUGCCUCUUUCAUUUUUAAUAUAAUUUUUAUUAGUUUUUUAACAUACCAUUUUCAACAGUAAUUAAACAUACUUUUACAUCUUAUUCAAUUUUCUUGACUUCCAUCAAUCCUGUCUGAAAAUUUUCCAAUCUAAUCUCUCAGUAUGCAUUUCUUAUUUUCCCUAUUACAUUUCAAACUCAUAACCAGUAUCUCUUUUUCUACUUUGUAACGUUUUGUAUAUUUCUCCUUACAAAACUUCUUGCGUAAUUUGUUGGUUACAGUUGCUCUUCAAAUAAUUCAUAUACUUCUUCCAAUCUUCUGUAAAUCUCUGGUCCCGCGGGUUUCAAAUCCUUCCUGUCAUUUUGUCCAAUUCUGCGUAGUCCAUUAAUUUCGGCUGCCAUUCUUCUUUUGUCGGAAUUUCUUUUUGCUUCUGUUGCUGGACUAACAAUACUCUUGCUGCUGUUGUAGAAGCAUUGGUGCCUCUGAUGGUGGAGAGCAGUCCUCAAUAAACCUCUCCUCUGUGAAUUUGUCUAAUCCUAUUUUAAAGCCAUCCAAGUUGGCCAUCCUGUGGCAGAGAGUUCCAUAGUUUGACUUUGCACUGUGUAAAGCAGGGUUUUAUUUUGACCUGUCCUGAAUCUUCCGGCGGGUUUUAGUGUCGGAACUAGAACCAUGCCAUAUUUUAUCAGAUUUUUCUGCACAAAGGGGGGCAAUUUCGCUCUCCCCUUUUCCUGUACUUGUAGCAAGUCCUGCUUUAGUAAGGCUUGGUGGUUUUGGGGAGGGAGACGUCGGGUUCUAAGCGUGAAAUCUUCCCUUUUCAUGGGGGAAAGCCCAGGCAAUAACCACUCCGCUUCCCUUCUCCUGAUCUCCCCUUCAGGGCGAGGUGAUGAACCUGUUGAUGUUCCUCUCCACCUGGGACGGCAAAGUGCCCCAGCCGGCCAUCCUCAAGCCUCGCCCGCUCUGGACCGGGAAGCAGAUCUUCUCUCUCAUCAUCCCAGGACACAUUAACUGCAUCCGUACGCACAGCACCCACCCGGACGAUGAGGACAGCGGGCCCUAUAAGCACAUCUCUCCCGGAGACACCAAGGUACUGUUGGUGGGGCAGGGGGAAGGCAGACAUCACCAGUGUGGUGUAGUGGUUAAGAGCAGUGGACUCGUAAUCUGGGGAACCGGGUUCGAUUCCCCGCUCCUCCACCUGCAGCUGCUGGGUGACCUUGGGCCAGUCACACUUCUCUGAAGUCUCUCAGCCCCACUCACCUUGCAGAGUGUUUGUUGUGGGGGAGGAAGGGAAAGGAGAAUGUUAGCCGCUUUGAGACUCCUUCGGGUAGUGAUAAAGCGGGAUAUCAAAUCCAAAACUCUUCCACCUCUUCUUCUUCACCAGCCUGGCCUGGUGCGUUCCAAAGGCCAAGGAAGGAUCAGACCCUGAUUAAUACACACGAGGCUUGGCCAGCCAGACUCUGGGAGGAAGUGCGAAUAAUAAUUUGUUACUCCCUGGCCCAGGUCCCUUUUAUUAACAAAAGAACUCUUAACACAGCACUUGUAAGGGCCAAUCAGAUGUCCUCUGAGCAUUAAAAAAAACAAACCCCACGUAGGACAAAGUUAGAUCAGAGAAAUCCUUUUAACUGCAAAGACUACUUUGAGCAUGCAUACAUGUUUUUAGGGUAAAUAAAACAGGAAUCGAGGAGGAAUGCAUUUAGCAAAGCCCGGAGUUCAUAAGCAGUAAGCAGGAAAGGAAGGAUGGCAAGGAUAGAUAGCAUUUACCAUCUCCUUGUGAACGCUCUUGCUGGCCCUUAAGAUCUACCUAAAGAUUAACAAAAUCUACAUCAAAGUUACCUCCUAUCUUUAUGGCCUAGGACAUGCUGCCUUCAGAUGUCUUCUAAAUGUUAGGUAGUUGUUUAUCUCUUUGACAUCUGAUGGGAGGGUGUUCCACCGGGCGGGCGCCACCACCAAGAAGGCCCUCUGCCUGGUUCCCUGUAGCUUUGUUUCUCGCAAGGAGGGAACCGCCAUGAGGCCCUCGGAGCUGGACCUCAGCGUCUGGGCAGAAUGAUGGGGGUGGAGACCUAAAACCUCCCCACCUGAUCCUCAGUUCCCCUCUUACACUAGCUGGAACUAACAGAGACAAGAAGGGAGGAGGUAGAGGAUGGAACGUUUGUAGAGCAACACACUGAGCAAAGCAGAAGAUCCCACUGCUGCAAGUCAAAAUUGCACGGCUCAAAGGGUGCCAGGCUGGUGGAUGGAGAUGCAAAGCUGCAGCAGACACACACACCACACACACACACAUACACAUAUAUACCGGUCUCUACAGCCAAGCUUCCCUAGUUUCCUGCCUGUGGCCAGAUUUGCUAGCCGUCCCCACCAGCCUCACGCUCCUCUGUCGCUCUCCUUUCCCCUCUCUUCCUCAGGUCAUCGUGGAGAACGGGGAGCUGAUCAUGGGCAUCCUCUGCAAGAAGUCGCUGGGCACCUCUGCCGGCUCCCUGGUCCACAUCUCCUACCUGGAGAUGGGCCACGACGUCACCCGCCUCUUUUACAGCAACAUCCAGACGGUUAUCAACAACUGGCUUCUGAUUGAAGGUGAGCUUGACGGUGCAACUUGGUCUGUUUUGGUGGGGGGUGUCUCCCCCCCCCCCAUGGUUUCUUCUUCCUCCAGAGGAGUCUGGCAGUUGCAGCAUUGGGGUUCUGAUUUAACUCUUUACAGUGGUACCUUGGGUUACAUACGCUUCAGGUUACAGCCUCCGCCAACCCAGAAAUAGUACCUCGGGUUAAGAACUUUGCUUCAGGAUGAGAACAGAAAUUGUGCUCCGGCGGCGCAGCGGCAGCAGGAGGCCCCAUUCGCUAAAGUGGUGCUUCAGAUUAAGAACAGUUUCAGGUUAAGAAUGGACCUCCGGAAUGAAUUAAGUACUUAACCCGAGGUGCCACUGUACUUGCUCGACUAGACCCACCUUGGGCCUCCCCAGUUAGGCACGAACUGGUUCCCUGUGUUGCCAUUACAUCGGUACCUUGGUUUGCAAACAGCCUGGUUUGCAUAUGUUUUGGAUUACAAACACGUCAAACCCGGAAGUGCAUGUGUCCCAGUUUGCAAACUUUUUUUUGGAUUACAGCCAAAUUCUUUUUGGAGGCCCCAUUGGCGAAAGUGCGCCUUGGGUUACAACCUGUCCCAGUACGUUUCCGAGCACAAUUCAAAGUGUUGGUGCUGACCUUGAAAGCCCUAAACGGCCUCAAAGGCCCAGUAGACCUGAAGGAGCGUCUCCACCCCCAUCGUUCUGCCCGGACACUGAGGUCCAGCUCCGAGGGCCUUUUGGUGGUUCCCUCCCUGCGAGAAGUGAGGUUGCAGGGAACCAGACAGAGGGCCUUCUCGGUGGUGGCCCCCUCCCUGUGGAACGCCCUCCCGUCAGAUGUGAAGGAAAUAAGCAGCUAUCUUCUCUUUAAAAGACAUCUGAAGGCAGCCCUGUUUAGGGAAGCUUUUAAUAUUUAAUGCUGUAUUGUUUUUAACACUUGAUUGGGAGCCGCCCAGAGUGGCUGGGGAAACUCAGCCAGAUGGGCAGGGUAUUCAUCAUAUAUUAUUAUUAUUAUUAUUAUUAUUAUUAUUAUUAUAUACAGGCCUCCAGAAUGGAUUAUUGUUGUAAACCAAGGUACCACUGUAUUUACUUUGUUGCAACUCCAAAGCCACACACCACUAUGCAUCAUUUCUCAAGUUGAUUUUGGACUACAAUUCCCAUCAUCCCUGACCGCUGGUCCUGCUAACUAGGGAUGGUGGGAAUUGUAGUUCAAGAGCAGAUGAAGGCCCGAGUUUGGGAACCCCUGAUUUAUUGCCCAUAUAACCUCUCUGUUUCUCUGAGGGCCUCACAGUGGCCUACUUGGUACUCCUCCCUCAUUUAAUCCCCACAGCCCUGUCAGGUAGGUUAGGCUGUGAGUCGCCCUGUGAGCUUCAUGGCCUUGCAGGGAUUUGAACCCUCGUCUCCCAGGCUGUAGCCCGACGCUAACCGCUAGGCCACGCCGGCUUUCUUGUUCUCCCUUUCUGGUGUUGAGCCUCUUCUCCCCCUCUUUGGCAGGCCACACCAUUGGGAUCGGGGACUCCAUCGCUGAUGCCAAGACCUACCAAGACAUUCAGAACACCAUCAAGAAGGCCAAGCAGGAUGUCAUAGAGGUACGGAAGGGAGCAGAACUCUGCACCCGAAGCGACGAACGUAUGGCGAGGGGGAUAGGAGCUCUCAGGGAAAGAGGGCAGAGUGUGUGGGGGUUCAUCAUUAUUCCGCCACAGCAGUUAAGGACCUGAGCUCAAGGCCACGGCGUUCUUCCUUCUGACUCCACCAGCCGUGCUUCAGGCUGGUUGCCCUUGGCCUGUAGAUCGGGAGCUGGGGGGGAAAUCGACACCAGAGGUUCCCAAACUGUGGUCCGCAGGUUUCGUCUGGGUGGCCUGCAGCGCGUGUGUUAGAAAACAAGGCGGUGAAAAGUCGCACAGCACCUAGCAGAGCACACACACACACAAUUGCUACAGCAGGUAGAAAAACUGCCAGGUGCUUCAGCAAGACCAUUGGCAAUUUUCAAGGGGUGCGUCGGGGUGGAGUUAGGGGGAUACUGUCUGUUUAGGGAAGUUUUUAAUGUUUGCUGCAUUACUGUAUUUUAAUAUUUUGUUGGAAGCCACCCAGAGUGGCUGGGGAGGCCCAGCCAGAUGGGUGGGGUAUAAAUAUUAUUAUUAUUAUUAUUAUUAUUAUUAUUAUUAUUCUUUAUAGAGAUGGUUUUCACAGAGCUCUGGGGGAUCCAGCAGAGAUGGGUUUGUUUGUUUGUUUGUUUAUUCAUUGUAUCUAUAGCCCAUCUUUCCUCCAAGGACCUCAGGGUGGCUUACCUAGCCUUCCUCUCUCCCUCACGACAACCCUCUGAGGUAGGUUAGGUUGAGAGAGGCAGUGACAGGCCCAAGGCCCACCCUGUGAGCUUCGCACCCGAGUGGAGAUUUGAACCCUGGACCGACACUCUAAACGCUACACCACACUGGCGAGGGAAGGGAGGCUUGUGUUUGGGUAGGAUGGAGAGGGAAGGGGAGAGCAAUCCCAUAGCCUUGGGUGGGCUUGGCUUUGUCCCGGGGGAAGGGGCCCGUUCUGAGACUCUCUCCCCCUCUUUUCCCCGCCUGACUCCAGGUGAUCGAGAAGGCCCACAACAACGAACUGGAGCCCACCCCUGGCAACACGCUGAGGCAGACCUUUGAGAACCAGGUCAACAGGAUCCUGAACGACGCCCGAGACAAGACCGGCUCGUCCGCCCAGAAGUCCCUCUCCGAGUACAACAACUUCAAGUCCAUGGUGGUCUCGGGAGCAAAGGGCUCCAAGAUUAACAUCUCGCAGGUAGGCCUCGCCCCUCCGCUUCCAGGAACCCGGUGGGUGGAUGGACGGACACCAGGCAUGGUAGACGGCCUUCCUGUUCCGCUGGACGCCGGGCACUUUGGGUGACUGCCCCGCCUCUUCCCCCCUGCUCCCCACAGGUCAUUGCGGUGGUGGGGCAGCAGAACGUGGAAGGGAAGCGCAUCCCCUUUGGCUUCAAGCACCGGACGCUGCCCCACUUCAUCAAGGACGACUACGGCCCCGAGAGCAGGGGCUUUGUGGAGAAUUCCUACCUGGCCGGUCUCACCCCGACCGAGUUCUUCUUCCACGCCAUGGGAGGCCGAGAGGGGCUGAUCGACACGGCUGUCAAAACAGCUGAAACAGGUGGGUUUGGAGGGAAGGGGGCGGGGGGGGGAGAAGAGAGAGGGGUACAUGGUGGUUUAGUGCUGUUCUUUCAGCAACCGGGAUUCAUCCUCCCAUCCUGCCUGGGAAAAUCAGGUUCAAUCCAGGAAUUCAGAAAACCUGACCCCAAACCCAGGCCAGUGUUUCCUUGGUGGUUUAGACGGGGCGCCAGCACCUGGGGGUAAAAGCAACCCUGUUAAGUAGGACAGCUGUUACGCCACUCUUCUUUUGCUCGUCCAAUCUGAUCCAGGAGAUCUCAGGCUAUGCUCUGUACACCCCCAAAACCCCACAAGGAGCAAGAGUUAAAGUGCCACUCUCUGCUUCUGGGGCGUCAAGGCAGACAAACUGUACAAUCACAGAUGUGACCAAAGAUGUGUCUGAGACACUGGUUUAGAACCAAGGCUUUAACCCACAUCAGAAUUCUAGAGGUGGGAGGGACCCCUAGGGUCAUCUAGUCCAACCCCCCCCACCCGCAAUGCAAGAAUUCUCCCCACAGCAAUCCCUGGGUGGGCUCGAACCACGAACCUUCUGGUUAACAGCCAAAUGCACUGACCCGUUGCGCCACAGGAGGCCCCCAAACAUACAAACCCAAAAUGAAGAAGUUAGUUGGAUUAAUCAUAGUGUAGAAUGAAAGCUGUUUAGGAAAGGAAAAUACUUUUAGCAAAAUGGGACCCCUUGGGAACUCGAGAACCCGGACCCAAGAACCCUUAUACAUUGCCAAUGAUUCCACUGCCCCAUGAAGAUGCAGCACAGGUAAAGACGAGAGGUCGCCACACAGAGAGCAAUCUGGGAAACUGAAAACACUUUUGCUUAGUAACUGGCCUAAACCGGGAGAUGUCCAGGCAUUCGUUUUCCAGAGAUGGGGCUCUGUGGCUCUUGGACAGAUAUUGUAGCCCAGGUGUGGUCCAUGAGAGCACUGGCAAGAAACAUUGUAAAAUUAAUGAGUGUUAGAAGGAUGCUGGAAUGAAGUUACAUGGUUUUAGUAGAAAUGUAACAAAGAAUUAAGUAAAAGCUGAUUGAUAAUGGGUUAAAAUGAAAAAAUUCAAGGUUAGAUCGUUAAGAUAAAUUGUAGAAUAAAAAUUGAGAAAGAUGGGAAGAACUUGCUGAAAUAGUGAAUUGAACUAGAAUACAAAAAAAGGGAGGUGUGAAGAGGUCGAUGAAACAAGUAAAGGAAAGGUAAAGAUAUGGAAUAUUGGAUGCUUGUUUUAGUUUCUUGUUUUUCUUUUUUGUUGUAUUACUGUAUUGCUUUUAUAUGUUCUAUAUGUUUUGUUAUUGUUUUUUCUUUUUUAUUGUUAUUGUUUUUUCUUUUUUCUGUAAUUUUUAAACUCUUAAUAAAUAUCAUUUUUUUUAAAAAAGAGAGCACUGGCAAGAACAGCUCCCCUCUUCACCCAGAAGUCUGAGCUGCUGACAGAAGCAGCACUUGUGUCGACUUGAAUGUGGUGGACUUGUAAAAGAGUAUUGGGAAAUAAUCCAUAAUGAAUUGAAAAAAAUGUUUAAAAGUACAUUUCCAAAAGAAACCCCCGAGUCCUUUUUGUUGGGGAUGAUUCAGACAGCAAUUCCCAGCUGUCAAAAAAGGUUAUUUAUGUACGCCACUACUGUGGCCCGUGUUUUGUUAGCCCCCAAAUGGAAAGUAAGCAUGCUCCCAACUAAAGAAGAACGGUGAUAUUCUUCUGCGCAGCUUGCCGACUUAACAUAUAGAAUAAGAGAACAAGAAGAACAUACGUUUAGAACAGAUUGGAAAACAUUUAUUGAAUACAUGGUAAAUUGUGUACACUUGGAAAAACGUUGGCAGCAUUAAGAUAAAUUCAACAGUGUACACAAGUUUUGAUGGAUGCAAUAAUGGGAUACUGAAUGGUUUAGUUUUGUAAAAUAUGCAGGGAUUUGUGAUACGCAAAAUGAACCACGGAAAGAGAGGAAGGGAAGUUGUUGAUAUUUUAAGGAUGCUUAAAUGAGUGUUUUGAAUUGUAAAACAGAAAAUUUAAUAAAAAUGAUAGAUAGAUAGAUAGAUAGAUAGAUAGAUAGAUAGAUAUGGAGGAUCUGUGGGGCGUACCGGGUUUCUCACUAACCUCCUCCUCUGCCCAAUGGCCAGGUUACAUCCAGCGGCGGCUGAUCAAGUCCAUGGAGUCAGUGAUGGUGAAGUACGACGCCACGGUGCGCAAUUCCAUCAACCAGGUGGUGCAGCUGCGCUACGGCGAGGACGGGCUGGCGGGGGAGAGUGUGGAAUUCCAGAACCUGGCCACGCUCAAGCCUUCCAACAAGGCCUUUGAGAAGAAGUGAGUCUUGCCUCGGGGGUUUCCUUCUGGUUUUUUUUUUUUUAAACGAUAUUUAUUAAGGUUUCAAAAGAAGGAUACAUAAAUAAGACAGAGAAAAAUAGAAAAAAGAAAAAUACAAAAUACAAAAAAAACCCCCAACAAUUAAAAACAAUUCCAUCAUUUCAUCACUUCUCUUUCAUUUACUUGUUUCCCGGACCUCCUCAUACCUCCCUUUUUUGUAUUCCAGUUCAAUUUAUUAGUCCAGCAAUUCCUUUCCCUCCUUUUUAAUCCUGAUCUUUAAUCUUAAUAUAUUAUAGCAAUAGGUUUUUACGUAUUGAAAAUCCAAUUUUUCCAUAUUCUUUUAUACCAUUACAGCUAGAAACCACUUAACUUCAAUCCAACAUCAUUCUAACAUUCAUUAAUUUUACAAUAUUUCUGUAAGUAGUCUUUAAAUUUCUUCCAAUCUUCUUCCACCGACUCUUCUCCCUGGUCUCGGAUUCUGCCAGUCAUUUCCGCCAAUUCCAUGUAGUCCAUCAUCCUUCUGCGUGCAUCGCCUUUAUUCCGUUGCUCCCACGUUGUGUGGGAUUUCCUCUCUCCCCCCUGCUUAUGAGGCUGGAGAGUCCUGAUCUGCGCCGGGCAACGAGGGAGCUCAGUGCAAACAGCUUCCGUGUCAGUAGAGUCGCCUGUAAAGGAGACGAACUGAGGUUGGGGAAGGCCAAGCUAUAGGAUGCCUCUUGAAAUUCUGUCUUUUCUUACUGCAAUCUCAGAUGGGCUGCAACAGUCAGGCACAUGCCAUGAAUUAUUUUCAGCUGGCGAAACAAACACACCGCCCCUCUAUUGCAUCAAGAGCCCCUGUUCCCAGUAGACCGUGGCUUCGCUUUGUCGCUCGGUCCAGGCUUUGGGUGUCCUGGAAAUAUCCAGAGCAUCGCAGCUGUCCUCUUGAAGGUCUCUUCUCCUCCUUCUCCCCCCUCUCCAGGUUCAAAUUCGACUACACCAACGAGCGGGCUCUGCGGCGCACCCUGCAGGAGGAGAUGGUGAAGGACAUUCUCAGCAACGCCCACAUCCAGAACGAGCUGGAGAGGGAGUUCGAGAAGAUGAAGGCUGACCGGGAGGUGCUGAGGGUGAUCUUCCCUACGGGAGACAGCAAGGUGAGGCUUGUCUGGCCUUGUCUUGACCUCCAGGCUGGGCAGGAAGAGACCCCUGGAGACUCCUAGUCCAGAUCAUGUUUCUGGUCUGGUUCAGCAGGGUGUUUUUUUAUGUCCCCACCCAAAAAAACCCGCAACCCUGCAUGUGUGGACAUUCCCUCUCCGCUUCCUGGAUGCGCUAGUUCCGUGGUUCUCAAAGGGUGUGGUCUUCCACCUUGGCGUGGCAGGAAGAUUCAAGGGCAAUCAAAGCAGCAUUUGAACAUUUCAGUGUCAUGUAGCAUAGCAUCAAGAUAAUUUCAUUUAUUUGCAAAGUACGGAUAGAUUUUCAAAACGAGAGCUAGAAGCAUCCAGGGAUAGCAGGGACCCGCCCUAGUUGCGUUUUCCAAUAUAUUUCUUACCAGUAAAAAAAAACUAGGUGUGGCACGAGCAAAUCUUGAUUUUGAAAGCGAGAAAAAUGUUGGAGCACUAAUUUUAAGUUGUUUCAAGCUGUUUUUAAUAAUUGUGUUUCAGUGCUAAUGCUGUGAUUUAAUGGCUGCGGCCUACCCCCAGGACCUUAGGGUGAAGGCAUGUAAUAAAUUGUAAUAUGCAAAGAUGCAGGGAUUACUGGACCUAAUUAGGGUUUUCUAACUCAUGCCUCUCUCCUCGCCCCCCAAACCACCCUCUUUUCAUAAAUCCAUAGCAAAAUUAAUCAACCCAUUUUGUUGUUUUCCUUCGCCUUGCCCUGGAAUAUUUAUUACUCGGUUUUAAAAAAACAGGAAUAUACAGUUUAUUUUUUAAAAACAUCCAGGAUAUGGUGUGCAGCAGUCACACAUAGAAAACCAUACAACGAAAACCAUAGAAAAUAAUAAAAUUGGAGAUCAACUUACGUAUUGGCAGUGCAGUCGUACCUCAGAGGUCAAACCGAAUCUGUUCCGGAGGUCCAUUCGACUUCCAAAACAUUUGGAAACCCAAGCUUGGCUUCUGAUUGGCUGCAGGAGCUUCCUGCAGCCAAUCGGAAACCGCGGAAGCUCCAUUGGACGUUCAGCUUCCAAAAGAACAUUCAAAAACCGGAACACUUCUGGUUUUUGAUCGUUCGGGAGCCGGAACAUUCGUCUCCCAAGACAUUUAGGAGCUACGACUGUACAAUAUUUUCAUUGUUACCUGUUUGUUUACUAUAUGAAAUGCCGUCAUAAGCUUGGUGGCAUAGGAUACGCCCUGCUGGAAAAGCAACAAGAGGUUAAAAGGAGGAGUCUUGCUGGUGAUGGAGGGGGCAGCGUUGGUUGAUGGCCGCACCUGGCAGUGCCCAGUUCCUAACUCUCCAUUCCCACACAGGUGGUUCUCCCAUGCAACUUGCUGCGCAUGAUUUGGAACGCGCAGAAGAUCUUCCACAUCAACACACGCCUGCCCUCUGACCUGCAUCCUAUCAAGGUGGUGGAUGGUGAGUUUGGCAGGGAGGGGCAGAAACCAGUGGCAAGAGUAGGGGAGGAUCACACACACACACACACACACACACACACACCAGCCUGCCAGGGGAAAUCUGCGGCCAGGCUCCUUUCUUGCCACGCUGCCGAAUCCAGUGACGCUUUUCCGACGUGAAUAAUUCAGCCGGCUCUCCCGGGAGUGGGGGAAAGAUGUAGAACGCGGCUGGAACAAGGCCGGGAUAAUAUUAACUUGCCGAGAACAAGCGAGCCGCAAUCUCUCAGCUCACCCCCUCCUGCCCUUCUCUGCUUCCUGCGACAGGCGUCAAGGAGCUCAGCAAGAAACUGGUGAUUGUGAACGGGGACGACCCCCUCAGCAAGCAGGCGCAGGAGAACGCCACGCUCCUCUUCAACAUCCACCUGCGCUCCACUCUCUGCAGCCGGCGCAUGAUUGAGGAGUUCCGCCUCAGCGGGGAAGCCUUUGACUGGCUGCUGGGCGAGAUCGAGUCCAAAUUCAACCAGGCCAUUGUGAGUACAUGGCUGGGUACCAUCCUGGAUGUGUGGCUCCCUCCAGGGGAAAAAUUAAAAUGUUUUUAAAGGAACUCCUGAGGGACAUAACCCAAACCAGUUGAACAAGAUCGUUUUCAAAUUUAUAGCCGAGCUAUGUUUGAAAUUCAAGGCUUUGCAGCGGGGUGGGUUUGAUUUAAAUCACAUCGAUUUAAAUCACUCGUCAGCAAGACUUGAUUUAAAUCAUUUUUUUACAGAAAGACUCAUGCUUGCCGGUAGAAUCUUAAUAUUUGCAGCCAGAUGAAGGUUUCGUUUUUGGAAUAAUAAAUUUUCAGAGUAGUUUUUUCAGUUUUAUAAAAAAUUAUUGAUUUGCUUAUGCUAUUAGAAAUACUUAUGAUUUGCUUUAUGCUAUUAGAAAUACUUAUGAAAUUAUUGUGAGGUGUAUAAUAAGUUAACUUUAUAUUCGGACAGCUUUUCUGCUGUACUUUAUUGGAAGGAGAAAAAUAAUCAUUCCCUUAAUUACAAUUUAAAUAAUUUAUUUAACUAAAACAAUAACAUUAUAGCAUAUGUAUCCAUGUUUGCUAACUGUUGUGGUUAAACUUUUUUAUAAAAAAAAGCUUAAGACACUUUUAGCACACAUGAAAAACUUAAAACAACUCCUUAUUUCCUGAUGAAUAGCCUUUUGACUAUAAUGUAACUUAAAUAGAAAACUAUCUUUAGAAACAUUUUCCCUCCAAAAGCAUUUAAUUAAAAAUUUUUGUGUGUGUGUGUGUGUGUGUGUGUGUGUGUGUGUAUAUAUAUAUAUAUAUAUAUAUAUAUAUAUAUAUAUAUAUAUAUAAAAUCAUUGAUUUUUAUCCACCCAGCGUUGCAGGUUGUUCGAACAUAGUUUAGGUUAACCGUGCUUUAGGGUUUAGGCGUAACGCUAAACUGUGGUUAAUGAAAAACAAGAGCAAAAAGGGUUUCCUUGUGGCCACACCAUAAGAAUAUCACUGUUAGGUUCUCUCCAUUUUAACCGCACAACAACCCUAGAAGGUAGGUUAAGCUGAGAGUGAGUGAGUGAGUGAGUGACUGGCCCAAGUCCACCCAUUGGGCUUCUUGGCUGGGCGGGGAUUGGAACCCUGGUCUGCCAGGGUCCAGACUGGCUUACCAUAUAAAGCCAUGGCUGGGCGGCCCCUUGAGGUCAGCGGCUGCUCAUUCCCUCUUUGCCCAUCCUCCCGCAGGCUCACCCUGGCGAGAUGGUGGGGGCGCUGGCUGCCCAGUCCCUGGGCGAGCCAGCCACUCAGAUGACCCUGAACACCUUCCACUACGCCGGUGUCUCGGCCAAGAACGUGACGCUGGGCGUGCCCCGACUCAAGGAGCUGAUCAACAUCUCCAAGAAGCCCAAGACUCCCUCGCUGACCGUCUUCCUGCUGGGACAGUCCGCCCGAGAUGCUGAGAGGGCCAAGGUACGGAUCCAGAGGAGGAGAAAAGGCAGGAAAAGAGGGGGGUGGAGCAAAUGGAGACUUUGCCUGUUGGCUGAGCCUUUUUCACAUCAUCAUAAUAAUGAUAAAUAAAUAAUUUUAUUUAGAUCCCGCCCUCCCCAGCCGAAGCCGGGCUCAGAGCGGCUAACAACACUAAAAUGAUAAAACAUUCUAAAAUCAUUUCAUUAUAAAAUUAAUUCAAAUCAGAUUAAUGGCAACUAUUGGGCUAGAGUUCUGUGCGGAUUGCCAGAGGAGGGAGUCAGGCUGUGCCUUGGCCAAAGGCCUGGUGGAACAGCUCUGUCUUGCAGGCCCUGCGGAAAGAUGUCAAGUCCCACAGGGCCCUAGUCUCUUGUGACAGAGAGUUCCACCAGAUUGGGGCCACAGCCGAAAAAGCCCUGGCUCUGGUCGAGGCCAGCCUAACCUCUCUGUGGCCCGGGACCUCCAGAUGUUUUUGUUUGAAGACCGUAAGUUCCUCUGUGGGACAUACCAGGAGAGGCGGUCCUGUAGGUACAAGGAUCCUAGGCCGUAUAGGGCUUUAAAGGUUAAAACAGCACCUUAAACCUGAUCCUGUACUCCACCGGGAGCCAGUGCAGCUGGUAUAGCACUGGGUGAAUGUGAUCUCGCAACGAGGACCCUGUAAGGAGUCUCACCGUGGUAUUCUGCACCCGCUUGUAGCCUCUCCAAAGACCUUUUUCUCAAACGACUCCACACUCACAUUCAUGGUCUUUUCCUUCUGCUUCUGGGUCCCUUUCCAGCAGAAGCUGCAAACCUUCCUGUUCCUUUAGUAGUUACUGAAACUUUUUAGUACCAUCGUGUCAUUAAAAAAACACUUUUUUAAUGGUCUACAUCAAUAAAAACGUACUCCUACAGGGUUAAAUUCACAUUACAGGCAGAAAUACAUUGUACCGUAAGCAGAGAAAGAAACAAGAGUUGGGAGAAUCAUUCCAAAACUGCCCAAUAAAAUAGAAUGUGCUUUUAUUAUUGAUACAUCUCAAACACAAAGGAUUUUGAAGCAUCACAUAAGCUCUGUGCGGUCUCCUUUAUCCAUUUGCUGUUUCGUGGACAGCGAGGUUUCCCUGUGUGCCUGAUCCCUCGCUCUCGGAUCCCAGCAGGUUGACUGAUGGAUUGCAGGAGAUGGCCAAAGUUUAGCUCACUGUGCCAAGUGUAGCUUCUUAUGCACAGAACUUGCUUUUUCCCCUCCAAAAAAUGUAUUGAGUGGAAACGGGCAGCUCUGUGGUUGGCAGGAGGGUAAGACUAGGCGCUCUCAUGGCCAGGCAUCUUCACCCCACUCUCUCCCCUACCCCCUACUCUCCCGGGGGCCUGUCUUCUUCCCAGGACAUCCUUUGCCGCCUGGAGCACACGACCCUCCGCAAGGUGACUGCCAACACCGCCAUCUACUACGACCCCAACCCGCAGAACACGGUGGUGGCCGAGGACCAGGAGUGGGUGAACGUCUACUACGAGAUGCCCGACUUUGACGUCACCCGCAUCUCCCCCUGGCUGCUGCGCGUGGAGCUGGACCGCAAGCACAUGACCGACCGCAAGCUCACCAUGGAGCAGAUCGCUGAGAAGAUCAAUGCUGGUGAGAAGGAGGGGCAGAGUUGGGAUUAGGUCCCCCCCCCAAAAAAAACCCCAUUCUAGAGAAGGUGUUGCGGUUUGCUCUUCAGCCCAGGAGCUCAACCUUUCUUCCCUCCUCCCUUUGCAGGCUUUGGGGACGACCUCAACUGCAUUUUCAACGAUGACAACGCAGAGAAGUUGGUGCUGCGAAUCCGGAUUAUGAAUAGCGACGAAAACAAGAUGCAAGAGGUGGGGGGGGGGUGGUCCUGGUAGAAGAUGGCUUUGAAUGAAGCCUUUUAGAUCUACUUUAUUAAAGGUUUUGAACCUGAUAAUACCAUAAAACUCAAACUAAGCAAAAUAGAGUUGUCAGGGGUUCAGGAGCAGAGGCACAGGAAAGGGAGGAAAUAGAGAGCGAGGGGGAGGAGUCCGAAGGAAAUGUUAGCGAUGACAGCGGUCCGAGGUCUCUGAGUCUUUCCAGCGAAUCGGAAGAUUCACAGAAAGGGGCUCCCUUGGUCAGAGCAAGGGGGUGCCGAGGGGACACCCCAGGAAGAAGGGGCCAGAGGGGACUCAGAGAGCAGCAGUUGGAAAUCAGGACCAGCGUCCACACCAGAGUGCAGUAGGGGGGAGGAGUCCCAGGCAUCGGGAUCAGGCGGCGCACUGCCAGUGGGAGGACAUGAGUCAGGAUUGGCCACGCCUCCAUCGGGGAGCGAGGAAACGGUUGAGAGGAAGGUUGAAGGCUGGGCGCGCGCGCCAAGUUCAAAUGUACAGGAGGGCGGCGCAGUUGGCAGCCCGGAUAGGGAGCCAGGCCCCAAAGCCCGCCGAAAGCGGGCGAGCACCCACGGCGGCCAGCGUCAGAAGAAUCCAGGAAGGAAGGGACCCCGGGGGGUAGCAGGACCCAGAGGAGAAAGGAGAGACGUAAGAGGUGGAGUAAGGCUAGAAUCUUAAACUGGUGUACAGGGGGCGGAGACUCAGAUGGAGCUUCGCCGAUCUAACCCCUAGACGUAGAGCUGGGGCGCUCCGGCUUGAAAAUGGAAACUGUACUUCAAUAAAGACUUUUGUACAUUACUGCCGGCUAGCGUUGGUCCUCUGUGAGCUGGGACCUGGAGCCAGCUCUGACAAGAGUAAUUAAGCAAAAUAGAGUAAUGAAAAAUAAUAUAUCAAACAGAAGAGAAAAAGUAAGAUGCAUUAAUGAUCACCAGCAAUGAUCUUCAUAAAACACAAAAUUAUAAAUAGAUCUGUGUAGCCCUCAGUCAGCGUUUUAAUCUUCUCUGAAUCCUCCCACCUCUUAAUUCCUCUUAAUCAGUCACACACCAUGAGAAAAACACCUCUGACUUGCCUCUCAUACUGCCCCUUCCUCUUCUCUGACAGCUCCCUGUACGUAUCUUCAUUCAGCAAAAAUACAGUUUUUUAAGUAUUAAGGCAUACAUCUAGCUAAUAGGUAAGAAGUAAAAGACCCCAGGACCGUUAAGUCCAGUCGAAUUCGACUGUGGGGUGCUAGGUUGGCAGGAGCUGGGACAGAGCCACGCAAGCUCACCCCCGUAGAGCAGAUUCAAACUACCGAACUUCCAAUCGGCAAGACCGAGAGGCUCAGUGGUUUAGACCACAGCGCCACCCACGUCCCUUUAUCUAGUUAAUACUACUAGAGCAUGAGUAGGCAAACUAAGGCCCAGGGGACGGAUCUGGCCCAAUCGCCUUCUCAAUCCGGGCCAUGGACGGUCCAGGAAUCAGCGUGUUUUUACAUGAGUAGAAUGUGGGCUUUUAUUUAAAAUGCAUUUCUGGGUUAUUUGUGGGGCAUAGGAAUUCGUUCAUUCCACACACACACAACCCCCCCAAAAAAUACAGUCCAGUCCCCCACAAGGUCUGAGGGACAGUGGACCGGCCCCCUGCUGAAAAAGUAUGCUGACCCCUGGACUAGAGAGCCACCCAAAAUCCAAGAAUGAAGACUAUAAUGGCAGGAAGGAAGGAAGGAAGGAAGGAAGGAGGCCAGAUGGGUGGGGUACAAAUAAUAAAUUAUUAUUAUUAUUAUCGAGGAAAAUGGGAAAGCCACAGAAGGCCCUUUUACAUAAUCAGAAAUACAGGAGAGUAUCUGUAGAGGCUAGUGGCAUUCCACAUGCCCAGUGGGUCCUACGUUUAUCCCACGGGCUGGUUGAGGAGAUUGCCCUUCUCCAGAGUCACACCCAAGCCACUCCAACUGCAAAUGGCAGUGUCUCUGCCUUGCCAUGGCCUGUGAGGCCUGAGGCUGGCAAGGGGGAUAAGGGCGGGCAGACCUAUCGCUAUUGCUCUGUGACUCUUUUUAACGCAAAUGCACUCACGCCGGUGCAAAGUGGCUCCUCAGGCUCCUAGCAGCCUUUCCGGGGCAGGGUUGGGGUCCUGAGAACACAACAGGGCUGACACUUUCUGCCUCCUCCCCUCCCUCUUGCGCGGCUUAUAGGAGGAGGAAGUUGUGGACAAGAUGGACGACGACGUCUUCCUCCGCUGCAUUGAGUCCAACAUGCUGACGGACAUGACGCUUCAGGGCAUCGAACAGAUCAGCAAGGUGAGCCUGGGCAGCGGGAUUCGCACUCGGGAGAUCUUAGCUGGCUCCCACAAUCCCCUCCCCACCUAGGCAUGAUGAGGGGUUCCCUCCGAGCGCACCCUGACCCCCUUUUUUGCCCUCUAUCUCCCCCUCUAGGUCUACAUGCACCUGCCCCAGACAGACAACAAGAAGAAGAUCAUAAUCACGGAGGACGGGGAGUUCAAGGCCUUGCAGGAGUGGAUUCUGGAGACGGACGGCGUCAGCCUCAUGCGGGUGCUGAGUGAGAAGGAUGUGGACCCCGUGCGCACGACCUCCAACGACAUUGUGGAGAUCUUCACGGUGGGUACCCGGGGGGGGGGGGAUAUACGGCUAGGAGGGGGCUCGUUCUGGGGUUUCUCGCGAGAGGUAGGUUGGGGGGAGCAGCCCUUCCUCUGCAAUAGGGCAUGUUCAUUCAUUUAUUAAUUUUAUAUGAUGCAUGCGGCAUGUUACAAGAAAAGAACUGCUCCUUUUCCCUUAUGGGGUAUUGUGGAGCCUGUAUAGAGUCCUUGAGGGUUCCCUAUCAGUAUGAGGAAAUAACAGAGAUCAAGCAGAGUAUAUUGAGAAGCAAAGUGGCUAGUAAGCCUGAUAGAACUGGGUGCAGUUAUUUAUUCUUACAAGAAAAACUGCCCCCUUUCCCUUAUGGUGUAUCCAAGAGUCCUUAAGUGGGUUCCCUAUCGGUAGGAGAAAACAACAGAGGCCAACCAGAGUAUACUGAGAAGCAAAACAGCUAGUAAGCCUGAUCUUUAUUAAACUGUUGCAACAGGGUCCCCCGCUCACCACACGCAGGAAAGAGGAGGAACCCUGAACAAUGGUGCGCAAGCCCUUAUAUAGACACUUGAAAUUGCCCACCCUGUAGCCCAAGACCACCCCCCAAAACAUCAUACAUACAUCACAGAAGGAGGCAGUCUACAGCAGAAAUCUUGUCUGCCAGGAUACCUGAUAAUGGUCACUGACUGCAUUACCUGGGCAGCCUGGCCAUUCUUUUGUGGUGGUUAAUACGUUAGUUCCUGAGUCCAGGUCACAGGCUCACCCUAUUCCUACACAAAUAUGCCCUUAAGACAGGAUUUGUGAGCCAAAAAGACAAUGGGAAGGCUUUCCCCAUUUGCCUCCCUUACUGCAGAGGAAUAUUUGAGGUCAUUGGGAGAAAUCAAAAUGGUUUCAGGAUUAUUCUCCCAUACUAUUUCAGAGACAUGGUUCGUAUAUUUAGAUAUGUGUGCAUUAAUGAAUACUUAUUAUAUAUUUGAGACUAUUUAUUGAGAAUAUUCUAUAUUAAAAUUCUUAUAACAACCACUUGACUGCAAAAGCAACAAUAACAACUUCAAAAACGGUUUACAGAAAAGAUGCAAGGUUGACAUAAUUGCAGAGCAAAAUUAACAGUAAUUUAAGGUGCUUAAAAUAACAAUGGAUCGAAAGCAGAUUUGCUCUCGCACCAGCUUUCUGGCUAGGCUUAUCUAAACUGGAAUGCCUUUGGAAGGCAGUGUAGUGAAAGGCAGUCAACAGGCAGGGAGUUCCGAAGCGCACUAAAAGAUGGUUCUUUUGCGCAUGUGGAACGGGUAUCGGGUGCCACCUGCACAGUGCCAAUUCCACCGAUUGAAGUGGCCGAGUUGGCUCACAAUGGGGCAAGGCGAUCUUGUGUUUGUGUGUGAGAGAGAGAAAGGGAGAAGGCGUUCCCUCCAAGAUGAAGAUUUAAGGGAGGGGAUCUGGGAGCGCAGUUUUGGGGGGCCCCUCUUUGCAACUGUGGCAGCCUGCCUCUCCUCGCCCUUGCAGGUGCUGGGCAUUGAGGCCGUCAGGAAAGCCCUGGAGAGGGAGCUGUACCACGUCAUCUCCUUCGACGGCUCCUACGUCAACUACCGCCACUUGGCGCUGCUUUGCGACACCAUGACCUGCCGCGGCCACUUGAUGGCCAUCACCCGGCACGGCGUCAACCGACAGGACACGGGGCCCCUCAUGAAGUGCUCCUUCGAAGAGACGGUGAGUUUUCUGGGGGAGGGAAAGGGCCAGGAAUUUGUCAGGGGUUCAGCCUCCACUCGAGUAGGACCCUGGCAGAGACGCAUGCCCGACUGGCCUGUUCUCUCCCUCCUGGUCGAUCGUUCGGGAGCUUCAAAAGCUUUCUUCGGCCCGAACAUCACAGCGACCGAUGCCAACAGACAUCGGCACACUUAGGGAUCCACAGAGUCUGUUCAUCUUGCAUGACAGACCUCAGCAACUCAGCAUUUUGGCUAAUCUACUUCAUUUACAUAUAAACACACACGGAGCACUGCCACAUAGCUCCCUCUCUCUCUAGCAUCAGACAGCAAAGGGAAAGAACAAAGGACAACAGUCCCACUUCACACAGUACACUGGUACCUCGGGUUAAGUACUUAAUUCGUUCCGGAGGUCCGUUCUUAACCUGAAACUGUUCUUAACCUGAAGCACCACUUUAGCUAAUGGGGCCUCCUGCUGCUGCUGCGCCGCCGGAGCACGAUUUCUGUUCUCACCCUGAAGCAAAGUUCUUAACCUGAAGCACUAUUUCUGGGUUAGCAGAGUCUGUAACCUGAAGCGUAUGUAACCCGAGGUACCACUGUAUCGGGAAGUUUUAGUGUUUGAUGUUUUUAGUUUGUUCUGAUGUAUGCUAUGAGCUGCCCAGAGUGGCUGGGGAAACCCAGCCAGAUGGGCGGGGUAUAAAUAAAUAAUAAUUAUUAUUAUUAUUGACGGCUCUGUUGGUUAGAGCAUGGCGCUCACCACGCCAUUGGUGGCAGGUUUCAUCCCCAUAUGGGGCUGCUGCAAAUUCCUGCUUUGCAGGCCGUUGGAUGAGAUGAGUCUCAGGGUCCCUUCCAAUUCUACGAUUCCAUGCUUCUAUGGUCUGCCUCCACAUUUGUGCAUUUGUGCUGUACCAGUGUGGUGUAGUGGUUAAGAGCAGUAGUCUCGUAAUCUGGGGAACCAGGUUCGAUUCCCCGCUCCUCCACAUGCAGCUGCUGGGUGACCUUGGGCCAGUCACACUUCACACUUCACAGGUCUCUCAGCCCACUCACCUCACAGAGUGUUUGUUGUGGGGGAGGAAGAGAAAGGAGAAUGUGAGCUAGCGGGCCACCCUUUGACUCGCCCUGCCCUCCGCUGCCCCCUGCAGGUUGACGUGCUGAUGGAAGCGGCUGCCCACGGCGAAAGCGACCCCAUGAAGGGCGUCUCGGAGAACAUCAUGCUGGGCCAGCUGGCCCCGGCGGGCACCGGCUGCUUCGACCUCCUCUUGGACGCUGAGAAGUGCAAAUAUGGCAUGGAGAUCCCCACCAAUAUCCCGGGGCUGGGCGUGGGCGGACGUAAGUCAACCUGCCACGCUUGCCGGUCUGGGAGCAAGGAGGCAGCGGCAGGCCUGGAAAUCUGGGGUCCUCUUGAGAGGGGAGAGGCAGGUUUCGCAUGGGCGGAGCAGGGGAUUCUGGGAGUUGGCACAACAGGGUAUGCGCAAGCCAGCACCACAGAGGACUUAAGUAGAGGAGCGAGGCAGACAUGGGCAGAUGACUCCAAGUGACCGUUUCCUCCCUUGAAGGAAUUCUUCGCUUCCCUGAAACAGACGCUCGCGUCUCGGCAGCUGAAAGCGUGCGACGCUUUGCUUCACAGCCGUUUCCUUUGGGGCGAGGGAGGUGUGCUCAGGCUCGUGAGGCUGAAUAUCGAGGAAAGCAGGGCAUCUUCCUUUUAGAAAUGUGUGUUUGAGAGGGCAGGAUUUUGCAGAUUAUAAAGCAAAGGGUAAAAGCGAGAGUUUAGGGCAGUAGAUUUAGGUAAGUGAAAGCAAGAGGGUCUCUGUUGGGGCCAAUUUCCUCUCCUCUCUAAUUCCAUUCCGUUCCUUACAGCUACCGGCAUGUUCUUUGGGUCUGCUCCCAGCCCCAUGGGGGGAAUGUCGCCUGCCAUGACCCCCUGGAACCAAGGCGCAACACCAGCCUAUGGGGCAUGGUCUCCUAGCGUUGGUACGUAUCGGGGAGGGGGGUCUUCCGCCUACACAAAUGCCCCCUCUUGGAAUUAUUAGCUGCAGGUUUGAGCUUGACCCAGAUGGUUGGAAUAUUGCUUUACGUUCCAAGUUGAUCAACAACAACAUGCCUGUGUUUUUUGACGCGCACCAGUUUUAAUCUCCCAACGUCCCUGUUGUGUAGGCCAAGCCGUUGGCCAGUAAGCUUUCAUGGCUUGAAUUGGGGAUUUGAACAUGGGUGUCUCUGGCCCUCGUCCAGUGCUCCCAACCCAUGAUUCUAAAUCUUCCCUGCCUUGGGAUCUCUCCUUCCCAGGAUCUCUGGGACCGUGCCGUGGGAAAUCGCAAAUUAGGGGAAGUAAGGAGACCUGCAUAUUCUCCCAAGAGGUUUUGUGGGUUUCUUGCGAUGUUCUUUCUCCUGCCAAAUGAAAAAAAAAGAAAGGCACAUAGAUGAACUCUGUGUGUUUGACCUUUCAUUGCUUUGCAAACAUUGGCUGGGCUCCUAAACUGGAGAUUCGGUUCCUCAGCUGCGCACGUGCGUCGUGUGGCCUUGCACCCCCAAUUGCAAAAGGCAGGGAAAUAACCUGCAGGAAAUGUCAUGUGUGUACAGGCUGUUGGGGGUGUUAUGUACAGCAAAUGAUCAAUAGUCCCGAUCCACAAACAUACACACACACACACACACUGCAGUUUGGCCUUUGAAGACAAACUCCAACUGCUAAUGGCGUCAAAACCCAGGCACAAAGGGAAAAAGACCACGUGGUUCCAUAUUUAUUAUUUCUGUUUAUAGGCUGCGCUUGCCACCUCAGUUUCCAAAGCGGGGUUGCGAUAAUUGCCACCGCACCAGCAAUUACUCAGGACUUUCGCAGUUGUACAAGUUGCCCGCGACCUGAACUUUUUGCUGCAACUCUUCCCUCCGACUUGGGACCUGUUUCUUACUCCCUUUUUCCUUCCUUGGUUGCGCAGGUAGCGGAAUGACUCCGGGGGCAGCUGGCUUUUCACCCAGCGCCGCCUCCGACGCCAGCGGCUUCAGCCCCGGCUAUUCUCCAGCCUGGUCGCCCACCCCGGGGUCCCCUGGAUCUCCAGGACCCUCCAGCCCGUACAUCCCAUCACCAGGUGAGCGAGAGAAUUCAUUCUUUCAGUGCGCUGUAAGGAAAACAGUGUGUGUAAGGAGCCAGCGUGGUGUAGUGGUUAAGAGCGGUGGACUCGUAAUCUGGUGAACCGGGUUCGCUUCCCCGCUCCUCCACAUGCAGCUGCUGGGUGACCUUGGGCCAGUCACACUUCUCUGAAGUCUCUCAGCCCCACUCACCUCACAGAGUGUUUGUUGUGGGGGAGGAAGGGAAAGGAGAAUGUUAGCCGCUUUGAGACUCCUUAAAGGGAGUGAAAGGUGGGAUAUCAAAUCCAAAACAAACAGACCGGGAUCCUGGACUGACGGCUGUUCCUCUUCCCUUCCUCUAGGUGGGGCUAUGUCUCCCAGCUACUCCCCGACCUCUCCUGCCUACGAGCCUCGUUCCCCAGGAGCGUACACACCGCAGAGCCCCAGCUACAGCCCCACGUCGCCUUCCUACAGCCCAACCUCUCCGUCGUACUCCCCCACCAGCCCCAAUUACAGCCCCACCAGCCCCAGCUACAGCCCCACGUCGCCCAGUUACUCUCCGACCAGCCCCAGCUACAGCCCCACGUCGCCCAGCUACAGCCCCACCAGCCCCAGCUACAGCCCCACAUCGCCUAGCUAUUCUCCAACCAGCCCCAGCUACAGCCCUACGUCGCCCAGUUACUCCCCGACCAGCCCCAGCUACAGCCCCACGUCCCCUAGCUAUUCUCCAACCAGCCCCAGCUACAGCCCCACAUCCCCCAGUUACUCUCCAACCAGCCCCAGCUACAGCCCCACAUCGCCCAGCUACAGCCCAACAUCGCCCAGUUACUCACCAACCAGCCCCAACUACAGCCCAACAUCUCCGAACUACACCCCGACUUCGCCCAGCUACAGCCCCACCUCGCCCAGCUACAGCCCGACGUCGCCGAACUACACCCCAACGUCGCCGAACUACAGCCCCACCUCGCCCAGCUACUCCCCGACCAGCCCCUCCUACAGCCCCACCUCGCCCAGCUACUCCCCCUCCAGCCCCCGCUACACCCCGCAGUCGCCCACAUACACCCCCUCCUCGCCCAGCUACAGCCCCAGCUCGCCCAGCUACAGCCCCACCAGCCCCAAGUACACCCCGACCAGCCCGUCCUACAGCCCCAGCUCCCCAGAGUACACCCCGACCAGCCCCAAGUACAGCCCAACGUCGCCCAAGUACAGCCCAACGUCGCCCAAGUACAGCCCGACGUCGCCCACCUACAGUCCCACCACCCCCAAGUACAGCCCGACCAGCCCCACCUACUCGCCCACCUCGCCCGUCUACACCCCGACCUCCCCCAAAUACAGCCCGACCAGCCCCACCUACUCGCCCACCUCCCCGAAGUACAGCCCCACCUCGCCCACCUACUCGCCCACCUCUCCGAAGGGCUCCACCUACUCGCCCACCUCCCCCGGCUACAGCCCGACGUCGCCCACCUACAGCCUCACCAGCCCGGCCAUCAGCCCGGACGACAGCGACGAGGACAACUGAGAGCGGGCGGUGCCUGUCGCCACGGAGACCGGUGGGCGGGUGACCUCCGAGUGGCGCGAUUGGAUGAAAUGUUCGGAAGCUUUCGGGAGGCGGCGAAACCUCCGGUAGCUCCUGGCAACCUCCUAUUUGCAAGGGGCCUGGAAAAAAAAACCACAGGCGCAGAAGGAAAUUCUGCAAUGCUAAUACCUAUCUCUCUCUCUCUAUUUCUCUCUCUCUCUUCAUCCCGCAAACCCACAGAGAACGUUUUGAUCUCCGUUCUCUUGUCGUUUUUAUCUUUAAAAAGAAAAUACUGUAAAUAAUCGCAUAGACUACCUAGUGAAAUGAGCAAACACGGACCCUGUUUCGGAGGGGGGGAGAGUAGCUCACAUGUGAAGGGGGGGUUGGGGGCGCAGCCCCCCCCCCCCGGCAAGACGGAGCCCAUCUUGCCACCUCUCGCAAACCGUGCUUCGGGAGAGGCGAAAACGCGAGAUUUGGAAGCUGCGGCGACUCCCGUCAGCUUUCCAGCUUCGGCGAUAAUAGUACCUUUUUCCGUACGUGUCCGUCAGGAAUUAUUUAUGUUUAAAAACCUUAGAGAAAGUUUCUUGGUUAAAGUGCAUUGCAUUAACGUGUUCACUUUUCUGCGGGGGGGGGGUCGAGGGGAGGGGAAAAUCCGAUGAUUAAGAACCUCUGGAGAGAAGUUGUUUUUAAGUCUUAUACUUUUGUCGGGGGGCUGGUGCUUGCCUCCCUUUUUUCAAAGCAUGUUUGGAAGUUCAGAACUGUUCCGUGGCUCUCGUCGCGUAUGCCUCUGGAGCGGGGCCACGGCAAUUAAACCGUUGUCAUUUUGUUGGGUGUUUUGGAAUCCUUGCUUUUUCUUGUGAGCUCAAAAACUCUGUAACUUUCUGAAAGACAAAAAAAUAAAAUAAUUUUUAAAAACUCCCAGCU